AUGACAAGGGUCAUCCAUGACUCCGGAGAUGACAUGCAGAAGGAGGCACUUGAUUUGGUCUCAUCUGAUGUUAACUUUCCCAAGGGACGUUUCCCAGACUACAGGAUUGGACCAAACAACCAAAUCAUUGAUCCAGAGGAGACACAUGAGGCUGUACCUCUCAAGGAGAUUGUUGCAAAGGAAACAGCGCAGUUGCUAGAGCAGCACAAGCGCCUUUCUGUGCGUGAUCUCAAAGAGAAGUUUGAGAAGGGUCUAUCUGGCGCUUCCAAGCUUUCUGAAGAGGCUAAGCGGCGAGAAGCCGCUUCAUUAGACAGGCAGGUUCUUCUGAAGAAGCUCAGAGAUGUUCUAGACACACUGAAAGGCCGUGUGGCUGGUCGAAAUAGAGACGAUGCUGAGGAAGCCAUCUCACUGGUGGAGGCUCUAGCUGUCCAGCUGACACAACGAGAAGGGGAAUUAAUUUAUGAGAAGGCUGAAGUAAAAAAAUUGGCUAACUUCCUUAAGCAGGCUACUGAAGAUGCACGCAAAGUAGCUGAAGAGGAAAGGGCUCUUGCGCUUGCUGAAAUUGAAAAGGCUAGAGCUGCGAUCGAAAAAGUCGAGAAAGCAUUGCACGUGCUUGAUUCUGCGUCAAGUAGCAGAGAGAAGGAGGAGAUAGAGGAACUUAGGAAAGAGGUCCGAGAGGCUAGGAGAAUAAAAAUGCUACACCAGCCAAGCAAGGUCAUGGACAUGGAGUUUGAGCUUCAGGCACUGCGGACUCUUAUCUCAGAGAAGACUCAGCUAUGCAAUCAGCUAAAGAAAGAGCUUGCCAUGAUCAAGAGGUUAGAAGAGGAUAGUUCUGACCUCUUUGAGCUUGAAGGUUCUAAUACCCUUGGAUCACAGUUUUGUAUUAUCCCUCGAGUUGAUGGUGCUCCAAACAUCGCAAACUGUCCAAUUCAGUGGUAUCGUGUAAUUUCUGGAGGCACUAGAGAACUCAUAUCGGGAGCAACAAAAUUUACGUAUGCCCCAGAACCGUUUGAUGUUGGCCGAUUAUUGCAAGCAGAGAUAGUUCUGAAUGCAGACAAAAUUAUAGUUCAGACAGAUGGCCCUAUAGAUAACGCUGCAGGACUUGAACGAUAUGUGGACUCACUUAUGAAAAGGACGGAUAUUGAGUUCAAUGUAGUAGUAACCCAAAUGAAUGGGAAGGAUUACUCAUCGAAUUCUGUCCAUGUAUUUCACAUUGGAAAGCUGAGAAUAAAACUUCGAAAAGGAUGGUCUACAAAAGCAAGAGAGUCAUAUUCCACUACGAUGAAGUUAUGUGGGAGUCGCGGUGGUGGUAAUGCUGCAGCUAGGGCAGUUUUCUGGCAUGCUCGGAAAGGCUUGUCCUACACUCUAGCUUUCGAAACAGACAGGGACAGGAACGCUGCAAUUAUGAUUGCUCGCAAAUUUGCUUCGAACUGCAAUAUCGCUCUCGCUGGCCCAGGCGACCAAGGCACCUGA